CCCGUUCGUUUCCUCAGCGCCGCCACCACACACUCAGCGCCCGAUACCCAUCACCAGCCCCGAGUCGCUGCUUUGCCUCCCCGCCAUGGCCACCUCUGCUUCCUCCCCUCCGUCGCCGGCCGGUCACCAGCAAGGGCCCGCAACCGCAACCGCGCCCAUGGUCGCUGUUGCCUCGUGCCUCCUCGCGCGCACCCAUAGAGCUUCGCCGCGCCACCUCGCUCAUGUCUUGCCGGCUUCCUCCGCCUCUGAACUCGUCGGCCGUCGCGCCUCCAGCCGCCAGCACCCCUCUGCCGCAGGCCCCGUGCUCCCUCCGCUCGUCUAUUCCUCGCCCUCGCCGCACUUCGCGGGUAGCCGCACCGCACUGGACCAGCGCGCCACCAGGUGCAGCCAUGGGCACCGUUUUCCUCAAGCAACAGCCGCCGUUCGGCCUCGGGCCGGUAAGAUCCUGCAACCCCACGUCGAGGUCGCCGUUCCCGGCCUUCCCCUCACCCGUCAUCGCCGCAUCCGACGGGAGCUGGCCAGAGGCCGCCCCUUCUCGCGUCAGCCUCCUCUGCAUUGAGCGCCGCUGCCUCCGCCCCGUGCCGUUGACCUCCUAUAGCCUCUUGUUUGUUGUGUGCAUCGCUGCCCACGACUCCGGUAGCACCUUCGGGUCCUCCUUCGUCGAAGGGCACUCCCCAACAUCGUUUCUUCGUUUUGGAUCAUGCCAAGUCCGACUACGACCUGAACGACUACACGAUGACCCCGAAGAACAUGGAUUCGUCAAGUUCUCUUUGACAUGAGUACCACUACCGCCGCCCGAACAACUACAAACCGAAAUGCCAUGUUCCUCUCCGAACGUGUACGACUACCGAUGAGUACCUCUACCGAUGUCGUGUAGCACUACUUUCGUCUGCACUGCAUCAAACUCGUCCGCCCCGAAUUGCACGCUUCGAAGGUAUAAACCCGAGACAACGCCGAACAAAUACAUAUGUGUUGUAUGAGAUGUUCGUGUUUGCACCAUGUUUGAGUUGUCGUUGCCAUGCCUUCGACCCGUGGGAACCCAGUAAUCGGGACCAGCCCACCAUCUUUUGCAUGUUUCGUACAUUCGUACUUUUUUUUGCACUGACAUCUCGACGAGUUGUCAGAGCAUCGAAAUGUUGUUGUGGCACCAUUUUCGUUGUCGUUGUCGUGGCACCCCUUUUGUUUUGACAUGAUGAUCAAAUGCUUCAUAACAUGCACAUGUCAACAUUUUUAUAAAAUUGCAUAACUUUCAUAUGUCAUCUGCAUCAUGAUAACACCAUUUAAAAUGUUUAAAAAUGAUGUUUGCAUUAAAUUGCGAAAUGACAUGUGGUGAUUUACUGGAAUCGUUGUUUGUUGUUUCCGCCCUCAUUUAAACUUGCCUAGAUAGGUAGUUUAAUUAUGAUUCACUUCUUGCUAUGUUAACCAACGUUUAGUAUUGUUGAGUACCUAAACAAGAGCGAACUAAAUACUUGGAUGUGGUGUUUCGUUAAUAUGCAA